CCCUUACAAAAUUUAAUCAAACAAUAGGCCCUGCAUGAGCCACAACUGUGCACGGUGUGAAAAAUUUUAUCUCUUUUUUGCAAAAUAAUGGCACAGAUUUAUCUUUAUCUAUAAGUACCGCUUUAUAAGCACCACGCGACUCACUUGUCCCGCUUAAACCACACCAGCAUGACACCAAAGGAUCUAGAAACGGGCCCCGAACCCCUUCCGAAACCACGAGAAUGGUUUGGGGCCCGUCAUGUCCAGUUCAUCCUCCUGUUCUUCGCCACCAUCGUCGCCUACGGCAUUCGCACCAACAUGUCGGUGGGCAUCAUCGCCAUGAUGGAGGAAACCCCGCCAGACCCCAGCAUUCCCACGUACCCGGAAUGGACGCAGAAGGAGACCAUCCUCUCGGCCUUCUUCUGGGGCUAUGUCAUCCCCCAGAUUGGGGCCGGAGCUGUGGUAAAAAAAUUCGGGCCUAAGUGGUUUCUGGCCGUGACCACGGCCAUUAACUCCCUGUUUACGCUCCUGAUCCCGGUCAUGGCCGAACAUUUGGGCGAAAAUGGGGUCAUAGCCUGCCGGAUUAUCCAGGGGUUGAACCAGGGGUUUCUGUUCCCGUCCUUGCACACGCUGUUGGGUAAAUGGACGCCUUUGGCCGAGCGCUCAAAGGUCGCCAGUUUUGUGUACACUGGGGGGCCGCUGGGUACCGUUAUCUCGCUCCCCAUUACUGGGGCUUUCGCUGGGUCGGAGUCAGGCUGGCCUGGGGCGUUUUACCUUUAUGGCAGUUUGGGGCUGGCUUGGACCGUGUUAUGGGGGUUGCUUGGGGCCGAUAGCCCCAGCAAACAUGGGGGGAUUUCCAAGGAGGAGAGGGAGUACAUAGAGGGUGAAAAUGUGGGCAGUGAGGAGAAAAAAGUGUUGAAAACGCCGUGGAAGUCCAUUGCUACUUCAUGGCCCUUUAUUGCCGUUUUGGUGGCACAUUCGGGGCAAAACUGGGGUUUUUGGACGCUUCUAACCGAGACACCGUCCUAUUUGAGCGAAAUCAUGAAGAAAGACAUUAAGGAUAAUAGUCUCCUAUCGGCGCUCCCGUACCUGGUUUUGUGGAUCCUGAGCUUUGUUUUUAGCCCACUGGCCGACUAUCUUAUCGUGCAUAAAUAUUUAUCGAUAGGAAAUGUUCGGAAAGUUUUCAACACCAUUGGGUUAAUUAUCCCAGCCAUCGCGCUAGUAGCGCUGGGUUUCGUCGAUUCGACUCAAGACACCCUAGCUCUGGUUUUACUGGUGGUGGCUGUGGGUUUUAAUGCAGCCGUGUUCAGUGGUUUCAAUGUGAAUCAUAUUGAUUUGUCCCCGAACCAUGCCGGGAUUCUUAUGGGUAUUACGAACAGUCUCUCAAAUAUCUUCUCAAUUGUGGCACCACUUGCCAUAAAAGCGAUUCCGUACGAACAGAGUGACCCAAUUUUGUGGAGAUAUGCGUUUUGCAUAUCAGCCGGCAUUUAUGUCGCUGCUGAUAUUUUCUACGUUAUUUAUGCUUCUGGAGAGGUGCAACCGUGGAACUCGGAAGGGGAGGAUUUUCGUAAAGAAGCUUUGUAGAGCUGGAAUUAUUUAUUGUUACAUCUGUUGUAAAGAUGAAAUAAAAUUUUUAGAAAUU